AUGAGGACGAAGAACAUUAAGGGAGGAGCAUCUCAUAAAGGUUCUCGGGCCCCGAAGACCACAGUUGCAAAGGGUUCGAAAGGUAACUCUUCAGUGGCUUCCUCAAGCUCAAAACAACGGAGGCCAGGAAAACGAAUAUCGGGUCCUAUGGCUAGUGGGGUGUUCGGGGUACGUGUCUUCAAACCAAGGGACCGCAAUCCUUGUUCACCGUUGCUUCACUUCGAUUUGGAGGAACAUAUCUCCUUCAAGCUGACUUUAACAAAAAUCAGAGGGUGUGGAAACAACGACAAGUGUGCUGAAUGGUAUAACGUAGGAAUGCACGACACGGUGAAAGCAAAGGUGAAAGAAGCUGGAUUUGUGCCCUUUUUGUCAAUAUUGGGCCAUGGUAAGAAAGGGGACAGGCCAUUACUUGUGGCCUUAGCGGAGAGAUGGUGGGACACUACCCACACCUUCCAUUUCGAUGAAGUUGGAGAGAUGACGAUGACACCAACGGACUUCGCAGCAAUCACUGGAUUGCGUGUUGGUGGGAAGCGUUUACAGUACGACUUCGAGAUGUACAAAAAUAAGAACAAGAUGAUGAAAUUGUUUGGGAAACCAAUCGCAGACCUACUGGCAGGGGAAAGGAGAGUGCCGUAUGAAAGCCUUUGCACCCCGUGUUGGAACAAGAUUCCGAAAGAUGAUAAAGAAGCAGACCAAAUUGCCAGGGCAUUUAUACUCUGCCUGAUUAGCUCCUCAUUCCUAAAUGAUAAGAGCCAAUACGUGAGUAUGCACUACGCCCCCUGUUUGGAAAUAGUAUCAGACAUUGGUAAAUACGACUGGGGCGGUGCGGCUUUGGCUUGUUUGUAUAGAUCACUGGAUUCUUGUUCCAGGGGUAGGUCAUCGAGCAUGGGCGGGUAUUGGAGGGCAUGGGAGGUAUGGGCUUGCGAGUACCUAAAACCGUUUGCUUUAUCAAGGCCCAGUGGGAGCGUGAACACGUGGCCCCGAACAUUGAGGUGGGUUGGUGCAAAAUCAAGGCGGGACUUGCAACAUCACUUGGAACAUUUUAGAGUGAUGAUGCGACAUCUAACAAAGGAUCAGGUAAAUUGGAACCCAUGGGGGACCAAUGAAUCCGAGUUGCCGGAAGAAGUAAAAAAUAUCGUGCCGGCAACUCGUAAAUGA